AUGUGCCAAGUACCGGUACAUCGUCCCCCAUCUGAGGCGGGGGGGAAGGGGAUUUGCACCUCGUCUCGCGACUCAGCAAAGGCCAAAAGGCCUUCAGGGUCUUUGCGGAUCAGCGGCUCGAGCGACCGCUGUGGCAGGUUCGGAAGCACACGCUCACAGUGCUUGACAGGCUGGAAUGGGCGAAUCCUGAGCGGCGGAAACGGAGGAGAGAGGUCGGCCUUCUCGCCGUCGAGCGUUUCGCAGUGUGGGGUAGGUAUCCGUCGAGCCAACUCUUCACAAAAAAGGCAGCAUGUCAUGGUGCGGCGUGCCUUGGUGCUGGUUCCUGGGGGGCAGGUUGUCAUAAUGGGCCUGGGCUGGAAGCAUGGGGGUGGCCUCGGCUCCCCAUGUAUCGGUACCUGCGUGUCUGCUUUUCCCUUGAUGCGCCGUCAGCGAGAGACGCUGGGCCGUUUCUCCGCAUGGUACUGGAUCGCAUCAAACCGCCCCUGGCUGUGUGAUCCUGGGAAAGAAGCUCAAGAGCCAAUGUACGGAAGCCCUGCCUCGUUCGAUUUCGGCCUAGGACGAGGGAGACAACAGCCCGACGAUGACAUGCUCUGCUCCACUUGGGGGAGGACCAAGAUUGCGCUAUCCGUACCAGCCUAG